CCCAACUGGCAGGGACAGCUGCAGACGGGGCCGGACCAGCUUUGUUCCCAGAGCGGCACCGUUCUCCAUCAGGCCCUGCUCCACUCCUGCCUGGAGCUGCUUCCCUUCCUGGGGCUCAGAGGGCGGCUGGUACUGGGGGUCCCCCGCCAUGAGUGCCUAGAGGCAGGGAGCCACCGAGGUCCGCCCGGGUGGGGCACAGGGCUCUGGGAUGGGGCAGGACCAGACGAAGCAGCAGAUCGAGAAGGGGCUCCAGCUGUACCAGUCUAACCAGACAGAGAAGGCGCUGCAGGUGUGGACGAAGUUGCUGGAGAAGAGCUCGGACCUCGUGGGGCGCUUCCGCGUGCUGGGCUGCCUGGUCACCGCCCACUCGGAGAUGGGCCGCUACAAGGAGAUGCUGAAGUUCGCUGUGGUGCAGAUCGACACCGCGCGGUCGCUGGAGGAUGCCAACUUCCUCCUGGAGAGCUACCUGAACCUGGCACGCAGCAACGAGAAGCUGUGCGAGUUUCACAAGACCAUCUCCUACUGCAAGACCUGCCUCGGCCUGCCUGGCACCCGGGCGGGCGCCCAGCUCGGAGGCCAGGUCAGCCUGAGCAUGGGCAACGCCUUCCUGGGCCUCAGCCUCUUCCAGAAGGCCCUGGAGAGCUUCGAGAAGGCCCUGCGCUACGCCCACAACAACGACGACACCAUGCUCGAGUGCCGCGUCUGCUGCAGCCUGGGCAGCUUCUACGCCCAGGUCAAGGACUACGAGAAAGCUCUGUUCUUCCCCUGCAAGGCCGCAGAGCUCGUCAAUGACUAUGGCAAAGGCUGGAGCCUCAAGUACCGGGCCAUGAGCCAGUACCACAUGGCUGUGGCGUAUCGCCUGCUGGGCCACCUGGGCAGUGCCAUGGAGUGUUGUGAGGAGUCGAUGAAGAUCGCCCUGCAGCACGGGGACCGGCCACUGCAGGCCCUCUGCCUGCUCUGCUUUGCUGACAUCCACCGGAGCCGCGGGGACCUGGAGACAGCCUUCCCCAGGUACGACUCCGCCAUGAGCAUCAUGACCGAGAUCGGCAACCGCCUGGGGCAGGUGCAGGUGCUGCUGGGUGUGGCCAAAUGCUGGGUGGCCCGGAAGGCGCUGGACAAGGCCCUGGAUGCCAUCGAGAGAGCCCAGGACCUGGCCGAGGAGGUGGGCAACAAGCUGAGCCAGCUGAAGCUGCACUGCCUGAGCGAGAGCAUCUACCGCAGCAAGGGGCUGCAGCGGGAGCUGCGCGCCCACGUCGUGCGCUUCCACGAGUGCGUGGAGGAGACGGAGCUCUACUGCGGCCUGUGCGGGGAGUCCAUAGGCGAGAGGAACAGCCGGCUGCAGGCCCUGCCCUGCUCCCACAUCUUCCACCUCCGGUGCCUGCAGAACAAUGGGACCCGGAGCUGCCCCAACUGCCGCCGCUCUUCCAUGAAGCCUGGCUUUGUGUGACAUCGUCAGCACACAUGUCACCUCACCUGCUCGGCUCCUCCACCCCUGACUGGCCAUGUUUUGGAUGCCUGUUUACUCCCGGAGCAACCACCAGGCCUCCUCGGGCCUCCACCAGCAUCUGAGGCCUGCUGACGGCUGCUCCUCAAGGCCCCACUGUCAUCGCCCACCUCUUUGUACUUUGUUCUUUAUAGAAAAAUAAACCGUUUGUACGUGG